GCUCAAAAUCAUUGAAUCCAAACUAAAAUAAUUGUUACAUAAUAAAAUUGUUAAUUUCUUAUAAAUUUAUUCAAGCAGUACAUAUUAGUCAUCGCGGUGUUCAGUCAUGUAAAGUGACUUAUUUACGAUAUCGUGAGAAUAAGUGACGCAAAAUUGUGUAAUACGAAAAUAUUUACAAACUAAGUUACAGAGGCAAAAUAAUUACCAUUUCUUUAGAAGUGUGCAAGGUUUUGUAAACAGCAGUUCGAAAAAUCAAAUUGAGCAGCAGAGUGGAGUAUAAGAGGGCGUAUACCCCGUACAACUUUUUCCGCAAUGGUUGGAAUUAUUGACGAUACCUAUUUGCACUAUCCCAUUGGCAGUCGUAUUAAAGUUGGUGAAAAUUAUGGCACAAUUAGAUAUGUUGGUGAAGUAACAGGCUACAAUGGUUUAUGGUUGGGAGUAGAAUGGGAUGAUCCUCAACGCGGCAAGCACAAUGGCAGUGUCAAUGACAGGCACUACUUCCAUACACAGUACCCAAAUGCUGGUAGCUUCGUGCGUCCCGGUAAAGUGGGACCUUUCGAAUCACUUGAAGAAGCAGCUAGAGAACGUUAUUUAGAUUACUCAGCUGAAAGUAGCGUAGAUUUGUCGUUGAUACGUGAAGCACAGCAAAAAAUGCAAGCUAGUUUCUUUGAAGUAGUGGGCAUGGAUAAGAUAGCGCGUAAGCAAAGUAAAUUUGAACAACUGUCGGAAGUCAGUGUAGACAAUUGUCCGAUUAAUGAAGCCGGCUACUUAAAAGACUUUAACGUGCUCACCACAUUAAAUGUCAGUUCGACACUAAUUUGGAAUUGGAAAAUUAUUGCUGAUAUUUGCAAACAAGUACCGACUUUAAUCGAUUUGAAUUUAAGUUGCAAUCGCCUCGUGUUGCCGUUGGAUGCACAAAUUAAAGAACUAGAACCUACCUUCAGAAAUUUGAAAUGCAUUAAUCUACGCAAUUGUGGCUACAAUGACUGGACUAAAGUGAUACAGACUGCUAAGUUGUGGCCACAAAUAGAAGUUUUGGCACUUCAAGAGAAUCCUUUAACCGAACUAGCUGAGGUUAACUGCAACGAAGUCUUCAAAAACUUAAGAGAACUGGAUUUACACCGUACAAAAAUUAUGGAUUUUGACCAAGUAUGCAAAUUAGGAAAUAUCGCAACACUGAAAACACUAAAUCUUAUGGAGAAUGGCAUUGAAGAAAUUAAGCUACCUGAAUGUGAACCGAAUGCAAAACUGCAUAUUUUUGCAGCUUUAGAACAGCUCAAUUUACUCUAUAAUCCCAUAUGGAAUGAGGCAGAAACAUUUAAUGAGUUGGAUAAGUUGCCUUGUUUGAAGCGUCUGAAUAAAACACCACAUUUAAAAUCGGAUUUCGAUGAAAUGUUUUCUAAAGCUGUCGGCAUGAUUACCAAUUUAGAAAUGCUUAAUAAAAUUGAAGUAACCGCUGAGGCACGCCGAGAUGCCGGCUAUGAUAUUUGGAAGCGUUAUGCCGUGGAAUGGCUGCAGGCAGCUGAUAAGCCGGAACUUUUGCAUGAUUUCUAUAAAAAACACCGUUCGUACGCGGGUAUAAUACAAAAGUAUGGUUCACCAGCAGAGUUUGUUGUGCGUCCUAGUGUUAAGCAAUCAAAUUUAAUUAAGAUACGUGUACUCAACCAACAAACCGGCGAAGUGUGGGAGAAACGUGUACCGCGCAUGAUUACAGUACAAACCUUACAGGGUCUAGUGGCGAAACGUUUUCAAACGGUAAUGAAUGCGAAUGGCAGUUUGCCGCAACUUACCUACAUUGAUGCUAAAUAUCCCGAACUAAUGGUACCAAUGGACAACAGCGCCAAAACAUUAGAUUUCUACAGUGUGCAGGAUGGUGAUACGGUUAUUGUGAAAUAGCUGGUGUAUUAAUCGAAUUGUAAAAAUUAUACUACGUUAAUUUUUUUUUUACAUAUUUGAUGUGCAAAAUUUUUUUUUGUAUAAUUGUAUUAUUAACAGCUUAAUGGAACUGAUUUUGAAUUUCCCUUUUUUUACAUAUUUUUAUUAUUUGGUAAUUAUAAAUUAUUUGGCCUUUAUAAAACAUAACUGUUGCUACAAAAUAAACUUGUUUCACAAUACUCUUAAGAAAUCACAGCAAUAUUUUAACAAAUAUAAUAUUACUUGAGUGGUAAAAUUAAA